GUUUCUUUUUUUUUUUUUUUACUAGGAGUGUGUGAUAUUCUUCUGACAGAUCUCUCCUCCCCUGUUCCGAAAAGAUUCUGCAGCUAAUUAUAGUUUAGCACCUGCAGGCUUUUGAUAUUUAUUACCUCUCUCCCCCUGACAUCCAUAUCCUACCAACAAACAGCACACAUUCUUCUAAUUACAUCUCUCCAGUGAUAACAAGUUAUAAUUAAUCUAAUUUAUCUCUGGUUCUUUAAGGUGACCGGAGGCAUAAGGUCGUUGUAAGAGGAGACAUGAAGACCUUGCCACAAAGCACCAUGGUAGAAGGUCUGAGGUCCCUUGUGGGAACAAAUGGCUGGGAUUACUGCAUCCUGUGGACGUUGUCUCAAGAUCAAAGAUUUUUAGAGUGGAUGGGCUGCUGUUGCUCUGGAGCUGAAGCUCAGAAUGGAGGAGCACUAUUCACUUCGGUUUCUGCUUCAAAAUUGCCAUGCAGGGAUGUGAUGUUUCGACACCCAAGGACAAGGAUUUGUGAUGCUUUAGAAGAGCUCCCUUCUUCCAUUCCCUUGGAUUCCUCUUCAGGGCUACGAGCACAGGCUUUGAUAACGAAACAUCCUAUAUGGCAAACUAAACUGCCGGAUUCCACUUUCUCACAUGAGGAAACUGUUGGAGCAAAAACAAGGGCCUUGGUUCCCUUGCCGGGUGGGCUUGUUGAGCUGUUUGUUUCAAAACACAUGGCUGAAGACCCACAAACCAUAGAGUUUGUCAUGUCUCAGUGCACUAGCACCCCCUAUGAACAAGCUGAAGCCAUGAACAUAGCCAACAAUAGUGGAGACCCAAUAAACCCCCAACAAGGUCAGAACAGCAACCUCACCACCUCCGCAGAUGACCUCCAGCCAUGGAUCCCUCCACAGCCGAUGGCCAUCAACCCUCCAAACCUUCCAUGGGACCCCUCCGACCAGUCUCGGCUCUACGGCUCUCCCCUGAGCCUGUUCUCUGGGCCUAAGAACACCGACAUCUUCUUCGACGGAUCGACAGCGGACUCAUACCUCUCCAACAAGCCUCCACCUGCGCCGCUUGGUUCGACCAUCGACAACAGCGUGGCUGCGGACAUUGCUACAGCAUUCCAGCAAUCAUAUGUGACAACUGCACACAAUUUGCACUCGGUUGCAGAGUCUGCGGUGUCUCGGGAGGUGGCUGGGCAUGACAAGGAGUCCAUUAAGAUGGAGGCUGCUGGGAGGGCCGAUUCGGGGUCGGAGGGCAGUGAGCAGGUGGAUGAAGAUGAAGAUCACCGGGCCGUAGGCAGGUCCGGCAAGCGGCACCACUCCAAGAAUCUGGUUGCAGAGAGGAAGAGGAGGAAGAAGCUCAAUGACCGGCUUUAUGCUUUACGAUCAUUGGUUCCAAAGAUCACUAAGAUGGAUAGGGCUUCAAUACUUGGUGAUGCGAUAGAAUAUGUCAUGGAGUUACAAAGGCAAGUGAAGGACCUUCAGGAUGAGCUUGAAGAAACGAAUCCAGAGGAUGAUGAUGGUAAGCAGAAUGGAAGCAAUAACAACAGCAACUGCCAAAUGGAGAUUCCCAAUCAGAAUGGAAUGAUGAACCAAGGAUUGGAGCAUGAUGAUUGUCUGAAAACCUCGAGGAUGAUCGCCACUGAUAGCAGUAACCCGAUGAAACAAAGUCAGGACCCAGGCCACGACGACAAGGGGAACCAGAUGGAGCCACAAGUGGAGGUGAGGCCGGUGGAGGGCAAUGAGUUCUUUCUAAGGGUCUUAUGUGAGUACAAGCAGGGAGGAUUUGCCAGGCUGAUGGAAGCCAUGAGCUCCUUAGGCCUGGAAGUGACCAAUGCCAAUGUAACCAAAUUCAGAACCCUUGUGUUGAACAUUUUCAGAGUGGAGAGAAGGGAUAAUGAAGUGGUGCAAGCAGAGCAGGUGAGGAAUUCAUUGCUCGAAGUAACGCGUGAUCCGAAUGCAGGGUGGCCGGAGCAUGGACAAGUGAAGGCGAACGGUGGCGGCGACUAUCACCACCACCACCACGGCAACCAUUGCCACCAGCAUCACCAACUCAACUCCCACCACCACCACCACCUUCACUACCACCAGCAGCAGCCAUGACUCAUAAUAAUCCAAGUGAAGGCUAAGAAUCUACUUCAUUCUCUUUUCCUUUCAUUGCUGCAUGGUUGGUAAUAUGAUAAACUAGUGCGUGUUGGACUUUG